AUGAGUACGAAUAUAAGUGUAAAUAAAGAGAACGAUGUGGGUCCAAGGACGCCCAAGACGUUGAUGAAGAAACAGAUAUACAAUAAUGCAAACAACAACAAUAGUAAACCAGGCAGGUCACAGGCAUCCAGAAUCAAGAGACUUCCUCUUGCAUCAAAGGACAGUAAUCGUCCUGGGAUGGGACCGGUAUUAGGUAAGGAGAAGACAGGACUGACACGUAAUGCAUCGAUGCAUUUAAAGAAAUAUGGAUCAAUUCUUUACCCUGCAACAAAUAAUAACGACAACAAUUAUAAUAGUAAUAAAAGCGUUUUACCUAAAGUAAAAAGUUUGGUAUUGAAAGAUAUAGACAUUGAUGAUAAUGCUAACAGUAGUAGUAGUAGUAGUGAUAAUGAAGAUAUAGAGAGAUCAUUAAGAAAUGGGAACUCCUUGCGAAAGGGAUUAUUUUCUCAAGGUGGAUUAAGUAGUUUAUUGGAACAAGAAGAACAAGAUCGUGAAAUCGAAUAUGGUCCUAUACAUGAAAAGGAGUUAGAAUAUGUACCCGAUGGGAUAGAGCCUUUGCAAUUGGCAGAUCUACGGAAAUUGAAUGAAAUAAACAUCGCACCGAUGUCCUUAAACUUAGAUGAAGACAAUGAUAGCGAUAAUAAUGAAAGUGGACCAAUGUUAAUGGAAUUACAAAACAUAUCAGACGAUUCUGAUGAAGACAUUUCAGAUCAUAAAAUUUCAACAAACCAUCGUAGUACAAAUCGCGUACACGAUGCAUCGAUUGUUUUACAGGAUAUAGACAGUGUAUAUCAUGGUAACGGUCUAGAUUCAGAUGACAUCGCAGAUUUACUCAGUUAA